AUGGAGCUGAAGGUGUGGGUGGACGGCAUCCAGCGCGUGGUUUGUGGGGUUUCAGAGCAGACCACCUGUCAAGAAGUGGUCAUUGCACUAGCCCAAGCCAUAGGCCAGACAGGCCGCUUUGUGCUCGUGCAGCGUCUCAGAGAGAAGGAACGGCAGCUGCUACCCCAGGAAUGUCCUGUGGGCGCCCAAGCGACCUGCGGACAGUUUGCCAGUGAUGUCCAGUUUGUCCUGAGGCGGACAGGACCCAGCCUCGCUGGGAGGCCCUCCUCAGACAGCUGCCCUCCCCCUGAGCGCUGCCCCAUCCGAGCCAGCCUUCCCCCAAAGCCUCGACCAGCACUGCACCGUGAGCCCUGCAAAGCACUGACCUUCAGCCUGGGGUGCCCUGGGCAGGCCCCCGGGCCUGUGCCACCUGAGCCUCUGGCUCCUGUAGUGCCAGUGCCAGGCUGCUGUGCAGACCUGCAGGGUCUGGAGCGAAGGGUGCGCAGGAACGCAGCAGAGCUGGGCCAGGAGGCCUUCUGGGAGCAGGAGCUGCGGCGGGAGCAGGCCCGGGAGCGUGAGGCACAGGCCCGCCUGCACGCGCUGAGCGCAGCUACAGCUGAGCAUGCGGCAAGACUGCAGGCCCUGGACGCGCAGGCCCGCGCCCUGGAGGCCGAGUUACACCUGGCCGCAGAGGCCCCGAGGUCCCCCUCGCCCACAGCGUCUGUGGCUGAACGCCUGCGCCAGGACCUGGCUGCCCAGGAGCGGCAAAGCAUGCAGGUGCAGGGCAGCCUCGCCCUGGUGGGCCGGGCUCUGGAGGCUGCCGAGCACGCCCUGCAGGCCCAGACCCAGGAGCUGGAGGAGCUGAACCGGGAGCUGCGUCAGUGCAACCUGCAGCAGUUCAUCCAGCAGGCGGGCGCAGCGCUGCCCCCGCCCCCAGGGCCGGACGGGGGCCCUGCUGGCACUCAGGUCAGAGCAGUUCUGGAGGGAGGCCAGGUCAGUGCGGGGCCUGCCCAGCCCCAAGCUGACCUGCUUUUCCCACAGGGUCUUCUGCCUCCAGCCAGAGAAGAGGCCCUCACGGGAGGCCCCCGGAGUCCGGCCCUUGUGUCCAGCCUGAGCCCAGAGACCUGGAUGACAGAGGCGAGCCCGUGGUCACAGAGGACUCUUUCCACCCCCUGGUCUGGGGUGGGCCACAGGCUCCCAGCUCUGAGUUGCAGUCAGGAGAGGCAAGCUUUGUGCCAGCCAGAACCUGGGGGGCUCCAAGACCUGGGUGCAACCACGCAUGUUGAGGAACAGAGGACAGGACAGCCUAGAUCACAGGGGUCUUCCUGCUUACUCAAGGGUGAGCAAAGCCUGGCAUGGCUAGGUGGGUUGUAUGCCACCCAAAGAUGCCUGCUGAGGACCUGUCACAUCUCAUCACGGGUGCAUGUUUAUUAUGGAUGA